AGUGUGGUGGUAGUGGCAGUGUUCUUCCUCCUUCCUCUCCCGCAGUUACCAGCAACUGGUCCUGUUGUAUCCAGUGAGAGACGGCGGCAAGGUCAGGGUCCCCGGGUAUAUAAGACACUGCUUCCCUCUCUCACUCACUAGUUGGAUAUUCACAUCUCACUAAAGAUGAAGUUAAUAUGGCUGCUGCUAGUGGCUGUGGUGUCGGCCGAAGAAGAUACUCAAGCCUCCGAGGGCGAAGCAAAGGAUGCAGCCGCCGCAGUGGAAGAGCGCUCAGGCGGGGCUGCUGAAGGAGGCACCAAAGGUGACCAGAGGUCUCUGGACCUGGAAGACAGUAGAGGCUUCGGACGAAAUCCAGCACUCGGAAGUGGAUUUGGUGUAAAUCCUUCACUUGGGGGAGGGUUCGGCGUCAACCCAGGGUUCGGUGGUGGCUUCGGAAGUGGAGCCGGUGGUGGAUUUGGCAACGGAGCCGCUGGUGGAUUCGGAAGUGGAUUUGGCAACGGAGCCGCUGGUGGAUUCGGAAGUGGAUUUGGCAACGGAGCCGCUGGUGGAUUCGGAAGUGGAUUUGGGAACGGAGCCGGUGGUGGAUUUGGUAGUGGAGCCGCUGGUGGAUUUGGAAGUGGAUUUGGCAACGGAGCCGCUGGUGGAUUUGGAAGUGGAUUUGGGAAUGGAGCCGCUGGUGGAUUUGGUAGUGGAGCCGCUGGUGGAUUCGGAAGUGGAUUUGGGAAUGGAGCCGGUGGUGGAUUCGGAAAUGGACUCGGAGGUGGAUUUGGCAAUGGAUUUGGGGGUGGACUCGCUGGAGUGAACCCGCCAAGCAGUUGCCGCUACUGGUGCCGGACACCCAAGGGUCAGGUCUACUGCUGCGAGGACGCCAGCGAACCUCAGAGCUUCGUCGGUUUCAAACCUGGCAACUGUCCCCCUGCGCGUCCUGCCUGUCCCCCAGUCAGGAGCUUCUCUGCUCCAACAUCUUGUUCCAACGACGGUUCCUGCUCAGGUGUCGACAAGUGCUGUUUCGACACUUGUCUACAACAACACACAUGCAAGCCACCUUCCGGGCUCAGGCGAUAAUUUAGCGCGACUUAUUUAUUAAUAAUGUCUACCGGAAAGUGAUUGCAUCUAAAUUUAAAAGAACAUAUGUGUGCUGGAUGAUUUUUCUGUAUACUUAUAGUAUAAAUGUUUUUGCUUAUCGUAUUUAUUACUAAAAUAAAGAAACUAAGUGUUUAUUAUAAUACUUGUUACCAAAUAAAUUUACAAUGUUUA